AUGGACUAUCUUGUUAUCGAGGGCUACAAGAGCGCUGCGGAGGAAUUCAGCCGGGAAACUGGGAUGGAGUCACCCGUGGACUUUGACAGCAUCGAGAGUAGAAUGAACAUUCGCGAGGCGCUACAUCGCGGGGAUGUCAGCGACGCGAUUACACGAAUAAAUGACUUGAAUCCCGAGAUACUGGAUACAAAUCAAGCGCUAUAUUUUAAGUUGCAACAACAGAAACUUAUUGAAUACAUCCGUGAGGGCAAUAUUACCGAAGCACUUCAAUUUGCGCAAGAAGAGUUGGCUCCGAGAGGGGAAGAGAGCCCGGAGUUUCUGUCUGAACUCGAAAGAACCAUGACACUGUUGGCAUUUCAGUCCUCGCCACUUGCACCUACGGCCAUUAGCGAGCUUUUAUCGCCAGCGCAGCGAAUGAAGACUGCAGGGGAAGUGAAUGCAGCUGUAUUGGAAAGUCUUAGUCAGGGCAAAGAAGCGAAGCUGAUUGGCUUGCUCAAAGUGCUCUCCUGGGGAGAGAGCAUGCUGAGUGAGCGUGCAGAGUUCCCCAAGUUGAACAUGUCGGACGGGUCAUUUACAUACGAGAGCAAGUGA